AAACCGCCUAUAUCAACAACGAUACCGGGAGAAAGCAGCUCGACCAUGGAGAUGCCUUUUCGUGCCGCCGAUGGCGUGUCUCGAUUCUUUCUUUUCGAGGCUUUGCGCACUGGCUGUGAGGAAAUCGGUUCUGCGUCUUUACAACUCGAAUCUGCGCGUGAUAAAGCCGAGAAGAUGCUUGUCAAGGAUCCGGCUAUCGAGUUCGAGUCCUUGGUUCAAGAUAUUCUACAAUCUUGCGUGAAGAGUUUGCAGACACAUGCUGCUAUCGUCGAGGCUGUUGCUGAAACAAUGGACGGCAACGUUGCACAGUCUGAUGGAAGCGACGUAAUGAAGUCGAACAAGUAUAGAUCGCUUGUCGAUCAGAUCAAGGACGCUGCUGCUGGAGUUGAGCAAUUGAGGAGUGAGAACACCAAGACCGAGCAUGUCUCGAACACCUCAGCACCAGUCACGGGAACCCGAAGUUCUGAUGCUCUUGAUGAAAAGCCGAUGAAGGGAAAGGGCAAGAAGCUCGGAAAGCACCCCAAGCCAUCGAAAGUGUCCAAUGAUUCGUCAAGAACUUCCAAUGGCUUCAGCGAGGCUAGCCCUGAGCACAGGCCAGAGCCCAAUACUCCCAAGGUCGACAAGGAUCUUCCGCCCACAACUCCCAAACCAAGCACAACACACCAAAGCUUCAUCGACGAAGAGGACAUCAACGCAGAAGUAGACGCCCGUCUCGCAGCAAAAGANACUCAAGCGAGCCAAAAGAAGCAAGCGAAGAAACGCAAGCGCGACUCCGUGGCCUCGGAUAUCUUCUCUCCAGAUCCCAAAGCCGAGCCUGAACACAGAGAAAUCUUGCCAGCAAAGAAGAAGGCACGUGUUGAUAAGAUCGAUGUCGAUGAUGGCAAGGGAAAGCGUCAGAAUGUUGAUGACGCGCCUGGCAGUAAAGUAAAGUCGAAGAAACAGAAGACUGGUGCUGCUUCUGAGAAGGAGGAACCAGCAGUUGAAGCUAACAAGGCGAAGCGCAGACGGUCUUCCAAUGCAUCUGCAACGGAGACAGCUGCUGCUCCCGAGGUCAAGAGUCACAAGAGCAAGAAGCGCCGUGUGGGCUUUUGA